GGUGACGCUGAGGUUGACGACGUAUCAGGGGCGUGGAAGCAGUGUUUAAGAUUAUUAUUUAAGAUUUGCACCUACAAUGAACUACUGCAUUGACUCUAAAGACUGAGGAAAAAAUAUAAAAUUUUUGGAGCACUAGCUGUAUUGAUUCAAAUUGAUUCACCAGCAGACUUUCAAAAUGGCUGACGAACAUACAACUGAAGUUACAAGAAUGGGGACAAGAAGACAAACAAUGCUGAAUGUGGAGAAAAAUAAGGAAGAACAAAAUGGACAACAAAAUAAUACAGAAAAUGAAUGUGAAGAACCGUUUGCCUGCUGUGGCUGUAACAGAACGUUUAGCACUCAGGCAGGUUGCAAGAGGCACAUGCGUUACUGCCCAGCUGCUGAUGGGUCAUUAUUUGUAGUGGACAAAAGGAACAUUGAUGACUCUAGUGCACAUGAGAACAAUCUAAGAGGCAGCCAGAGUUCAGAGGAAAGGGAAGUUGAUAACCCACCAGAAUCACAAGAUGGUGGCAGCGUUCAACAACAGAUGAAUGGCAUGAUGCUGGAUAAAGUAAAUGGUCUUAUAGACGAGACCUCAGCUUUGGGUCCAGGGAAAUGUCAUUGCUGUGGUGAAGACCUUGACACUGCACACUCGGGGGGUGACUUUGAAUGUGUUGACUGUUCUAAAAGCUUCAAGUUGAAGUCUAGUCUGGAGAGGCACAGAAGAGUGAUUCAUAUGGAAGGAGAAACAUACUCAUGUGUAGAGUGUAAUGCAAGAUGUCCAGACAAAGGAACUCUUGCACGGCACAUGUAUACUCAUACUGGUCUGAAACCCUACUCAUGUACACGGUGUCAGAAAACAUUUAGUAGAAAAUAUCAUUUAGAGAGACACGUUUCACAAACAGGCUGUGAUGGGAAGUCAAGGACUAAUUUUCCAUGUCAGGUGUGUGGGCGAAUGUUCAGCCGCAAAGAUAAUUUGAGGCAGCAUCUACGUGCUCAUGCAGGUCAGGUGAUACGCAAGAAGACUUACACUUGUGAACAUUGUCACCGAGAGUUCCAGGGUGCUACACUCUUGCAGGUUCAUUUGAGGACCCAUACAGGUGAGAGGCCAUAUGCGUGUGAUCUCUGCCCAAAGAGAUUUCCUUCAAGUGGUGCAAUGAAGAAACAUCGCCGGAUGCACACAGGCGAGCGGCCUUAUGAAUGCAAGGAGUGCUAUGCCAAAUUUGCAGCACGGGAAACAUUAAAUCGUCACAUACGUACGCACACAGGUAUCAGGCCUCAUAUCUGUCAGUUUUGUGGCAAGAGUUUUAUACAGUCUUCUCAGCUUCGAGCUCACAUCUUCCAUCAUACAGGUGAAAAUGGCUUUACAUGUGUUCACUGCAGCAAGGCAUUCAAUCGCAGAUCUCGUCUUCUUAUGCAUGUGAAAUAUGUUCAUGAAGGUGCAAAACCUUUUGAAUGUGAGCAAUGUCCAAAAACAUUUGUUCGAAAGGAAGAUUUGGCUCGUCACACGAUUCUUCACUCAGGUGUAAAAGCACACAAAUGUCCAAUUUGUCAGAAGAACUUCGCAAUGAAAUCUUCAUUGAAGAUACAUCUUCUGACGCAUACAAAGGAACCACCACGUUCUUGUGAUGAAUGUGGAAGAGCAUUCAUUCGACAAGAUUGCUUACUUCGUCAUAUGCGCACCAAGCAUAGAGACAUGCUGGAGGAGAUAUUGGCUGAAACAGAAAAGAAAAAACUGCAACAGCAGCUUCUGGCUGCAGCAGCAGCUCAAGGCACUGGUGGGACUGGUGUGGGUGUGAAUGGUAGUGAGAGUGAUGGAGGUUCUGGUGGUCCUGGUAGCAUACCAUCACUCAGUGAAGCUGCUCUCGCUGACUCAGUCCGUGAGCUCCUGGCGCUACUGGUUGAUGAAGCCACUCUAAAGGCUUUUGGAUGGCCGGAAACGCAAGUGGACCAGUUGCUGGAAGCAGUAAUUCGUCGAUGUGGCCAUCAACCUGUUACCUCAGAGGAACUGUUGUACCCAGAUAGACUGCGUGAAAAUGCCAAACUGCUGUUCACUGUUGUUAUAGAUGACUCUGCUGUCAAGACUUUGCUCAACAAUCAGACUGUUGAUGAAGUCAUCUUGCAUGUACUUCGUCUCGCCAAGUCAUAAAAAAUGUGUGUGUGUGUGUGUGUGUGUGUGUGUGUGUGUGUG